AUGGUUAAUUCCGUGGAAUCUCUUCCACCAAAAGCAAGAAUUAGAAUGAAGCCAUUUCUACGAACAUCAUCAUGGGCCCACCUCCACCGUCGGAUCCCCCAAUCCCAAACCGUCACAAUGAACCGGACCCGUUUCGAGAUUCGGAUCAUAAGCAAGGAAUAUUCCGCUCCGUCGUUUUCAAUUUCCAGUGCCAUCUCCACUUUCCUUGUGACUCUGAUCCACGUACAUUUCCACAUCACGGAUUCCACUUUCCUCGUUAAUCUCACCGUCACGGGUUGCCGCGUUUUUCUUCACCGUCCUAUUGUUGGGCUUCGGUUGAGGGUUUUUCGGGUUUUCUGCGCAGCUGUUGGACCAAUCUAUGUGUGGUCGUGA